UAAAACUCGGAAAAACGCUCUUCGGACAGCCGCUAUGGGAUCAGUGUAUUUACAGGACUAAAUCAUGCAUUACAGCUCGCAGCUAUUGGAAAAAACAUAGCAUCAAAAGAAAUAAUUUGAAAGUGUUAUUGUCAUGGUACGCUCACGGACAGAGUUUGGCAUGUGGCCAGUUUCUGUUAAAAAGCUUUGUGCUUUUUGUUUCUGCGCGUCUGCGUUUGUGUUUUUAAUCAUGACAUUUCAGGUUAUUGAACAGCUAGGAAAGUUUGAGCAGAACACACUUAGACAGCAGUUAACACGCAUACAGGCCAUUGAGGAUAUUAGAGUCCAGGCGAUUCCUCAUGGCUCUGAGCUCCAGUACCCCGUCGUUGUGUGGUGGUCUCCUCUGACUGGAGAAUUGGGACGUCUCGGAGAGUGCGGCCAGAACAGAUGUUUCUUCACUGUUAACAAGUCUUAUCAUUCCCAUCCACAGACGGAAGCUUUUCUUUUUUAUGAUAAACACAGACAUUUUUUUCCAGGUACCGAUUUCAGCAUUGAGAGUCUUCCUCUUCCGCGUCAUGAGCAGCACCAGUGGGCGUUGUUUCACGAAGAGUCACCCAAGAAUAACUACAAGCUUUUUCAUGAACCACUCAUUACCCUGUUCAACCACACGGCAACCUUCAGCCGCCACUCUCAUCUGCCCCUCACCACGCAGCACCUGGAGGGCCUCAGCGCCCUCACCGCACAAACACACCUGCUUCCUUUGUCCUACAAAAACCAGCUGAGGAAAACUCUGGCACCUGUGGUGUACGUCCAAUCAGAUUGUGACCCGCCGUCUGACAGAGAUGUUUACAUUCAAGAGCUGAUGCAGCACAUUCAAGUGGACUCAUACGGAGAGUGUCUUCAUAAUAAAGACCUGCCGCCCCAUCUGAGAGACUCCACUGCAAUGGAUGAUCAGGAUUUCUACCAGAUCCUCGCCCAGUACAAGUUCAUCCUGGCCUUUGAGAACGCCGUCUGCGAUGACUAUAUCACUGAGAAACUGUGGAGGCCGCUCAAAUUAGGCGUUGUGCCAGUGUACUACGGAGCUCCUAACGUACACAUGUGGUUGCCAGAUAACAGGAGCGCAGUCGUGGUCAAUCCCAAUGAGCCGCCGAAGAAGCUCGCUCAGUAUUUAAAGAGGUUGGACAAGAAUGACUGGGAAUAUCUGAAAUAUCUGGAGUGGAAGCACAAGCGGGAAAUAUCUAACGUGAAUCUGGUGACAGAACUGAAGGAACGUCCGUGGGGUGUUCAGGAUAUUGGUCAAGAUAACUUUAUUGAUGCCUUUGAGUGCAUGGUGUGCAACAGGGUCUGGGAGAAUAUCCACCGACAUGAAAAGAAACUGCCGUCUAAAGUCUGGAGAGCUGAAGAAAGCCACCUCACAUGCCCACCUCCAAAACUGUUUGACUUUGGCGUGAGACCCAGCUCGUCUCUUCAGCGGAUAUGGAGAGCCAGUUAUGAGCAGUCCAAAAGAGAAGCCAAAGCACUGGGACUGAUGCUUCGCAGGAACAGAAACUUUACAGUCACGCAGUUCUGGAGAGAAGUGUUUACUGACUGAAGGAAACAGAUAACUGAAAUGCAGUUAUUAUGUUUAUGUGAACGGUAAACCUGUGAGGGGAAAAACAUCAAGGUGAUGUGUAAUUCAUAGGGCUAUUUUCAUGUUAUAUGGAAAGUUAUGUCAUGCAUUGUAUUUAACAUACAUAAUCUUUAUGUGGACUGACAUCUUCUCUUAAACAGUCGAUGCAAUGCUAAGGAUGUGCAUUAACCAUGUGUUUUUAUCAUAUAUUACCUAAAUAUCUAGCCUUAAUAUUCAGUGGCCACACAUUUGACAAUAAGGUCCUAUAAGUUAAUGUUAACAAUGGUGAUUACAUUUGUUACAGUAUUUUUAAAUCUUUGUUAACAUUUGUUAAUAU